UGUCAUUCAUUGGACGGUAAUGAGGAAGUAGUCGGAUGUCACGAUGCUAUGCUAACUAGCCAAAUCUCAAUAGGAAAGUGUUUUUUUUUUUACAUGAGAUGUAUAAUGUAUGACUGAGACUCGGGUCGGAAGUGUUUGUAAUGAUACCGUUUACAUAUAUUUGUUCUGAAAUCAUGUUGUACAUCAUAUAAUUAGCCUUCGUUAGCAAAGUAAAUGGACAGUAAGCCACUGUGGAGCUAACGCAGCUAACAGCAGGGAGUUUUGUUUUACGUCGAAGCUUUUUAAGGUUAAUGGUUUAGUGCUACAACAUGAACGUAGACUCAGAGUAAACAAGACUCUGCAGCAAAGACCACACCGUCUGUGGACUCCUCCUCUGACAGUGUUGUCCAGCUGAGGACCGAAAGACUGGGGACACUUUUAGAGAGGAGACAGAGCUGCUGACCAAGGUGAAGGUUUCAGACCAGGAUUGUGAAAAGGAGAAUCCCGGGUGUACAGAGGAUGUCUGAGAUGAUGAAGGUUGAAGCAGAGGAGCCUGGACUAUGUCUGGCGUCCUCCAUACCUGCAGCAUCCACAUCAGAACUGGAGCAGAAACAAGACGACAAAGAUCUCACGUUGCCAGUCAAACAUCAAAUGUUGGUGAUUAAAGAAGAGGUUCCUCAUGGAUGGAGCUGCAGUUCAGACCAGGGUGAUCCAGAGCACACUCACAUAAAGAAGGAAGAGGAGGAACAGUGGAUCAAGAAGGAGGAAGACCAGUUUAUGGUUCAGGGUGAAGAAGAAAAAUCUCUAACAAAGCUCCAUCAAAUCAAAACUGAAGACCAUAGUGACACGCUUCCAACCAGCAGCUCAGCUGAACAGAAUGCAAGAGAACUGGAUGAAGAAGACAGUGAAAAACCAGAUUCAGUCAUGAACCAAGAUUCAGUAUACUCUUUUCCACAAAGUGAGGUGACAUAUCACAAAAAAGAUAAAAGUUCAAAACCUUCUUCCCCACUUGGAACUCAGAAUGAAACAAACACAGUAGAGAAGCCAUUUGGUUGUAAUGUUUGUGGGAAAAUAUUCAAACGUCAGCAUUCUGUUAAAUCACAUAUGAUAACUCACACUGCCAAUAUGGUCCCAGAACAUAUCUGUGAUCUUUGUGGUAAAGGCUUUAGAGUAAAGAAUCGUCUUCAGACACAUAUGAGAUUACAUACUGGGCAUAGACAAUUUGCCUGUGAUGUUUGUUGUAAAAAAUUUCAUACAAGGCAUAAUCUUAAAAGGCACAUGAGGGUUCAUUCAGCAGAUAAACCCUUUAAUUGUGAUAUUUGUGGCAGAACAUUUAAGGAGAUACAAAGUCUUAGAAACCACUUGUUGCUUCACGCUACAGAGAGACCAUUUGUUUGUAGUGUUUGUGAAAAAGGGUUUUUACGACAAUCAACUCUAAAAAGUCACAUGUGUAGUCACACGGGAGAGAGACCCUUCAUUUGUGGUGUGUGCAGUAAAGGAUUUUCACGGCAAGAUGGUCUUAAGAAACACAUGCGUGUUCACACUGGAGAGAAACCUUUUACUUGUAAUAUUUGUGGCAAAGAAUUUUCGCAAGCAAGUCAUCUGAAAAGUCACAUGCUCGUUCACUCUGAGGAGAAGCCAUUUACGUGUGGCGUCUGUGGAAAAGAAUUUUCACUGCAGAGUAACCUUAAAGUUCAUUUGUUUGUUCAUUCUGGAGAGAAGUUGUUUACUUGUAGUGUUUGUGGUAAAGGAUUUUCACAACUUAGUAGCCUUAGAAGUCAUUUAUUAGUUCACUCUGGAGAGAAGCCAUUUCCUUGUAGUGUUUGUGGUAAAGGAUUUUCAAAACAAAGUCAUGUCAAGCGUCACAUGAAUGUCCACACAGGAGAGAAACAAUUUAUGUGUAGUGUUUGUAGUAAACGGUUUGCUACAAAUGGUGAACUAAAGAAACACACAUAUGUUCACACUGGAGAGAAACCUUAUAACUGUAGUGUUUGUAAUAAAAGAUUUGCCCAAAACAUUAGUAGACAGAAACACAUGCGUGUUCACACAAGGUCAUUUACUUGUGGCGUCUGUGGGAAAGAAUUUUCACAGCAGAGUGAACUUAAAAUUCAUUUUCUUGUUCACUCUGAAGAGAGGCCAUUUACUUGUAGUGUUUGCGGUAAAGGAUUUUCAUACCAAAGUCAUGUCAAGCGGCACAUGCUUGUCCACACAGGAGAGAAACCAUUUAUUUGUAGUGUUUGUAGUAAACGGUUUGCAACAAAUGGUGAUCUAAAGAAGCAUACACGUGUUCACACAGGAGAGAAACCUUUUAUCUGUAGUGUUUGUAGUAAACGGUUUGCAACAAACGGUGAGCUACAGAAACAUACACGUGUUCACACAGGAGAGAAACCCUUUAUCUGUAAGAUUUGUGGAAAAAGAUUUUCACAACAACAUCAUAUAAAGAGGCACAUGCGUUUUCACACAGGAGAGAAAUCAUUCAGUUGUAGUGUUAUAAAAGAUUUUCAGAAAGACACAAGCUAAAGAGACACGUGCAAGUUCACGCUUAAACAUGGUGGUUGUAGUUCUCAAGCUUCCUCUUACAGUUGCUGUGCAGGAUAACUGAUCAAAUGUUAGUUUUUCUUGAGUGAGACACCUUUGAAUUAUUUCAUCAUACAGUAAGCAAAGAAUACAUGUUUUGUGUAUGAAUUUACAAUAUAGUCAAUGUUAAAAUUGAAUUUUAUUCCCUAGUUUAGUUUUCCCACUAAGUAAUAAAUUGAGGCCCAGCUAAGAUUGCAUUUACUCGGCCAAGUCAAGACUGUGGAGGCGGUGUGUGUGUGUGUGUGUAUGUUUGUGUGUGUGUGUGUGUGUGUGUGUGUGUGUGGGUGUAUGUGUGCACAUUAUUCCUUACCAUUUAGAGGGUGUUUAUUCCUUUUUCCAAAACCAAAAAGGAGUCUAGUAAAAUGUAAAAGAUGGAAAUGCGGCCAACUGCGGCCAACUUUAUAAGUAGCUAAACUCAACAGUGAUCAACAAGGAACUACCGUUAGUUGUCAUAUGAAGGUAACUCAGUUUUUGUUCAUAAAAUUGUAUGUUUAAUGGUUAUAAAGGGUAACGGAUGAUGCUACUUCUGCUGUGUUUUGGAUAUAUGUACAUUGCAACUUCUGGUUGCCUACGAAAACUGUUCACCUGUGUACCAAACGUAGAGCCCCCUGUUCGCUUUGUCUCCACUCCUUUAACCAACGCCUUUCUUUUUAUGUUUUUUUUCUCUGUUAAAAUUAGUCCAAAAUUAUCGGCAUUGUUCUUUCUCGCCGUCCAUGUUUAUAUUCUCUGAACUCAUGUUUAAUCUUGAGAGGUUUUGCAAGAUGUCCUGUCUGAAUGAUCCCAAGUGAAAUCUGUUUGUGUGUGGUGUGUUGUGCUUGCUGUUGACCCGACAUCACCCACGGUAUAAGCAAACCUGUCAUAUGUAAGACUGUUUUUUUUUUAAUCGUUACUUGUGAUGUCUCUCAGGCUUAGAAAAUGGGUUGACUAUUUUAAAAUCUUGCCGAGUGAACCAGCUUUUAGUUUGCUAUUUUAACUUAGGCUUUAACAAUGAUUUUUCCGUGGUUACCUUGAAAUAACUUUACUGGUAUGAUUCAACAUUCAUUAGGAAUUUUUUCCCCUUUUUGCAUUAAUGUUGGUAGAAAAGGCAAAAAUGCCCCUUUUAACACUGUGAGCUUCAUUAUCACCGUCUGUUGGUCGGGGGUUAGAGCAGCCUGGGGUACAGGGCGGAGCGAUCUUGAGUUGGCGUCACGUGAAUUGUGCCAUGUAGGUUCAUUGUUGGAGUUUGACCAGCAAUUGGCCAGGCGUUACUGUUAUGUGAGGCUAGUAGCCCAGCCCAGCAUAGUUAGGAUUGUUCUUUUUGUUUUGCACUCAUGCUCCUUUAAAGCUAUAGUUGGUAAUUCUGGUCAGAAACACCUUUGUUAUACUGGGUGAAAGGGCCCUUCCAUCCUAAAAGUAGUCAUACAUUAUCUAUUUAGAAAAGGUAACGAAAAAAAGGGCAAAGGAUUGGUCCUGCCUACGCCACCCAUCUAUUGGUUGUCCCUCAUGUCAAUCAUUGUUGAUGCGCUCAUGUAAUGCCAAUGUGUAUGCUUGGUCCAUGCAAGUUCCUCUUGCUGUCCAUGCGCACUUCUAGUGUUUAUGUAUCCAGUUAGCUUCAGUGUUAGCCCUUCAUUGUAGCUCCACUGCACUCUCUGUAUACU